UGAUUUUGAAGUUUAUAUGAACUUUGAAGAACGAAGUGGAAAACAUUAUCAAAACUUGGAAAAUAUCGUUUAGUAACUACUGGAUACCAACAAUAAACCAAAAUGAUUAGAAAUGUCCUCCGUGCCAGCAGGUGCUUGGCUGUUAGAAGAAUCAAUAUUGCUACACCCAUUUUCAAAAGAUAUUUCCUAAGUAGUUCUUUUAAACCUUGUUCUAUUUGCACAAUUCGUGAUUUUUCUUCAAAUAUUAGCAAUGUUGAUAGUUCCUAUCAUAUAGAACAAGCAGUUUUUGAAGAUAUAUGUAACGAAACACUAGAAUCUCUGUGUGACUAUUUUGAAGAAAUUAUAGAUCGGACGAGUAAUUUAAAAGGCGCUGAUGUAACAUUCAGUGACGGUGUGCUCACAGUAUAUUUAGGGCCAUCUCAUGGGACAUAUGUGAUUAACAGACAGACGCCAAACAAGCAAAUCUGGCUUAGUUCCCCUGUGUCAGGACCAAAACGUUAUGAUUUAAUUCUGAAGAAUGGAGGAUAUUGGAUCUACAAGCACGACGGAGUACCCCUUCACCGUCUCCUACAAGAUGAAAUAUCAAAAAUUAUAGAAAAUGUUGAUUUCAAAUCGUGCAAUCAUAGCUUAGUGUAAAUGUGUAUAUGAAAAAUAGAUAGGAUUUGACGCA